GGGGGCGUGGAGAAAGAGGACACGCGGGCGCACACACACGGCCUGGGAGCAGAAACAUCUUCCCUGGCUUCGUGGGUUUCUCCCCCCACCAGAGCCAGUGUGUGUGAGGAAAUCUCGGGGCUUUGCUCCUAUCGAAAGUGUUCGUCAGGGUGAUUUUUGAUGACCACAAUCCAGAAGUGCUGGCGUCCGAAUGCAUUUUCUUUUGCUUGGCCAAGAAGAGUCGUGAACUUCAAAACCCCCGACACGGAUUAUCAAUCCUGCUUUGCAGGGAAGGAAAACCCUCAAUCCCCUGCCCCCCGCCACCCCUCUCCGGAGAUUCUGCAAUCGCUGAGGCGCUCCGAGUCGGAAGGGGACGCUUUGGGAAUGACCAUGCUCCACGGAGGGACAGAGCCGGCCCCCAGCUUCUCUACACAGAGCCUCCUCCACUAAAGCUCCAAAAAUCAAAAACCGUAAUUGCCAGAAGAAGCAUUAAAAAAAUAGCCCAGCCACUAACCUCACAUGCAAAUGGAAUAAUUACUCUGGAUUCUGCAUUGUGAGCUGCUCUCCAUAUCCUGAAUUACCUCUGAAUUCAGUCUUUUUUCUUUGAAUUUGCAUCUCUUCAAGACACAAGAUUAAAACAAAAUUCACGCAAAAUUGGAUUUUAAAUUAUCUUCCUUUCAUUUAUCCUUCGUCUUUCUUAUAUGGAUAUGCCAGCGAGAAGAGGAGACUGGACAUUCCCAACAUGCUCACUCCCUUAAUCUGUCCGUCUAGAGGUUUGUCUUCUACAAACCAAGGGAGUCGACGAGUUGAAGAUGAAGCCCAGAGCCGAGUGCUGUUCUCCCAAGUUCUGGUUGGUGUUGGCUGUCCUGGCCGUGUCAGGCAGCAAAGCUCGCUCUCAGAAGAGCCCCCCCAGCAUUGGCAUUGCUGUCAUCCUCGUGGGCACUUCAGACGAGGUGGCCAUCAAGGAUGCCCACGAGAAAGAUGAUUUCCACCAUCUCUCCGUGGUACCCCGUGUGGAGCUGGUAGCCAUGAAUGAGACUGACCCAAAGAGCAUCAUCACCCGCAUCUGUGAUCUCAUGUCCGACCGGAAGAUCCAGGGCGUGGUGUUUGCCGAUGACACAGAUCAGGAGGCCAUCGCCCAGAUCCUUGACUUCAUUUCAGCCCAGACACUCACCCCCAUCCUGGGCAUCCACGGAGGCUCCUCUAUGAUAAUGGCGGAUAAGGAUGAAUCCUCCAUGUUCUUCCAGUUUGGCCCAUCAAUUGAGCAGCAAGCUUCCGUAAUGCUCAACAUCAUGGAAGAGUAUGACUGGUACAUCUUUUCUAUCGUCACCACCUACUUCCCUGGCUACCAGGACUUUGUAAACAAGAUUCGCAGCACCAUCGAGAACAGCUUCGUGGGCUGGGAGUUAGAGGAAGUCCUCCUGCUGGACAUGUCCCUGGAUGAUGGAGAUUCUAAGAUCCAGAACCAGCUCAAGAAACUUCAAAGCCCCAUCAUUCUUCUUUAUUGUACAAAGGAAGAAGCCACUUAUAUCUUUGAAGUAGCUAACUCAGUAGGGCUGACUGGAUACGGCUACACGUGGAUUGUGCCUAGUCUGGUGGCAGGGGAUACAGACACAGUGCCCUCGGAGUUCCCCACUGGGCUCAUCUCUGUGUCCUAUGAUGAAUGGGACUAUGGCCUCCCUGCCAGAGUGAGGGAUGGAAUUGCCAUAAUCACCACCGCUGCUUCCGAUAUGCUGUCUGAACACAGCUUCAUCCCUGAGCCCAAGAGCAGUUGUUACAACACCCAUGAGAAGAGAAUCUACCAGUCCAACAUGCUGAAUAGAUAUCUGAUCAAUGUCACUUUUGAGGGAAGAAAUCUGUCCUUCAGUGAAGAUGGUUACCAGAUGCACCCGAAACUGGUGAUAAUCCUUCUGAACAAGGAGAGGAAGUGGGAGAGGGUGGGGAAGUGGAAAGACAAGUCCCUGCAGAUGAAGUACUACGUGUGGCCCCGAAUGUGUCCUGAGACAGAAGAACAGGAGGAUGACCAUCUGAGCAUUGUAACCCUGGAGGAGGCCCCCUUUGUCAUUGUGGAAAGUGUGGACCCUCUGAGUGGAACCUGCAUGAGGAACACAGUCCCCUGCCAAAAACGCAUAGUCUCUGAGAACAAAACAGAUGAGGAGCCAGGUUACAUCAAAAAGUGUUGCAAGGGGUUCUGUAUUGACAUCCUUAAGAAAAUUUCCAAAUCUGUGAAGUUCACCUAUGAUCUUUACCUGGUUACCAAUGGCAAGCAUGGGAAGAAAAUCAAUGGAACCUGGAAUGGUAUGAUUGGAGAGGUGGUUAUGAAGAGGGCCUAUAUGGCCGUGGGAUCACUCACCAUCAAUGAGGAGCGAUCCGAGGUGGUCGACUUCUCUGUGCCCUUCAUAGAGACCGGCAUCAGUGUCAUGGUGUCACGCAGCAAUGGGACUGUCUCACCUUCUGCCUUCUUAGAGCCAUUCAGUGCUGACGUAUGGGUUAUGAUGUUCGUGAUGCUGCUCAUCGUCUCAGCCGUGGCUGUCUUUGUCUUCGAGUACUUCAGCCCUGUGGGUUAUAACAGGUGCCUCGCUGAUGGCAGAGAGCCAGGCGGCCCAUCUUUUACCAUCGGCAAAGCUAUUUGGUUACUCUGGGGUCUGGUGUUUAACAACUCCGUCCCCGUGCAGAACCCAAAGGGGACCACCUCCAAGAUCAUGGUGUCGGUGUGGGCCUUCUUUGCCGUCAUCUUCCUGGCCAGCUACACUGCCAACUUAGCUGCCUUCAUGAUCCAAGAGGAGUAUGUGGACCAGGUUUCUGGCCUGAGUGACAAAAAGUUCCAGAGACCCAAUGACUUCUCACCCCCUUUUCGCUUUGGGACUGUGCCCAACGGCAGCACAGAGAGGAAUAUUCGCAAUAACUAUGCAGAAAUGCAUGCCUACAUGGGAAAGUUCAACCAGAGGGGUGUAGAUGAUGCAUUGCUCUCCCUGAAAACAGGGAAACUGGAUGCCUUCAUCUAUGAUGCAGCAGUGCUGAACUACAUGGCAGGCAGAGAUGAAGGCUGCAAGCUGGUGACCAUUGGCAGUGGGAAGGUCUUUGCUUCCACGGGUUAUGGCAUUGCCAUCCAAAAAGAUUCUGGGUGGAAGCGCCAGGUGGACCUUGCUAUCCUGCAGCUAUUUGGAGAUGGGGAGAUGGAGGAGCUGGAGGCUCUCUGGCUCACUGGCAUCUGCCACAAUGAAAAGAACGAAGUCAUGAGCAGCCAGCUGGACAUCGACAACAUGGCGGGAGUCUUCUACAUGCUGGGGGCAGCCAUGGCUCUCAGCCUCAUCACCUUCAUCUGCGAACACCUUUUCUAUUGGCAGUUCCGGCAUUGCUUUAUGGGCGUCUGUUCCGGCAAGCCUGGCAUGGUCUUCUCCAUCAGCAGAGGUAUCUACAGCUGCAUCCACGGGGUGGCUAUCGAGGAGCGCCAGUCCGUGAUGAACUCCCCCACCGCAACCAUGAACAACACUCACUCCAACAUCCUGCGCCUGCUCCGCACGGCCAAGAACAUGGCCAACCUGUCUGGUGUGAACGGCUCCCCCCAGAGCGCCCUGGACUUCAUCCGGCGUGAGUCAUCGGUCUACGACAUCUCCGAGCACCGCCGCAGCUUCACACACUCUGACUGCAAAUCCUACAACAACCCGCCGUGCGAGGAGAACCUCUUCAGCGACUACAUCAGCGAGGUGGAGAGAACUUUUGGCAACCUGCAGCUGAAGGACAGCAACGUGUACCAGGAUCACUAUCACCACCACCACCGCCCCCACAGCAUCGGCAGUGCCAGCUCCAUCGAUGGGCUCUACGACUGUGACAACCCGCCUUUCACCACGCAGCCGAGGUCCAUCAGCAAGAAGCCCCUGGACAUUGGCCUCCCCUCCUCCAAGCACAGCCAGCUGAGCGACCUGUACGGCAAAUUCUCCUUCAAGAGCGACCGCUACAGUGGCCACGAUGACUUGAUCCGCUCCGACGUGUCUGACAUCUCCACCCACACGGUCACCUACGGAAACAUCGAGGGCAAUGCCGCCAAGCGGCGCAAGCAGCAAUACAAGGACAGCCUGAAGAAGCGGCCGGCCUCGGCCAAGUCCCGCCGGGAAUUUGACGAGAUCGAGCUGGCCUACCGCCGCCGGCCACCCCGCUCCCCGGACCACAAGCGCUACUUCAGGGACAAGGAAGGGCUACGGGACUUCUACCUGGACCAGUUCCGCACCAAGGAGAACUCCCCGCACUGGGAGCACGUGGACCUGACGGAUAUCUACAAGGAGCAGGGCGAUGACUUUAAGCGCGACUCGGUCAGCGGAGGAGGGCCCUGUACCAACAGGUCUCACCUCAAACACGGGGCGGGUGACAAACACGGCGUGGUCAGCGGGGUCCCGGCUCCCUGGGAGAAGAACCUGGCCAACGUGGACUGGGAGGACCGCUCGGGCGGCGGCAACUUCUGCCGCAGCUGCCCGUCGAAGCUGCACAACUACUCCGCGUCGGUGGCCGGGCAGAACUCGGGCAGGCAGGCAUGCAUCCGCUGCGAGGCUUGCAAGAAGGCAGGCAACCUGUAUGACAUCAGCGAGGACAACUCCCUGCAGGAGCUGGACCAGCCGGCUGCCCCUGUGGCGGUGACGUCCAGUGCCUCCACCACCAAGUACCCCCAGAGCCCGACCAACUCCAAGGCCCAGAAGAAGACCCGGAACAAGCUGCGUCGGCAGCACUCCUACGACACCUUCGUGGACCUGCAGAAGGAAGAAGCCGCCUUGGCCCCGCGCAGCGUGAGCCUGAAAGACAAGGGCCGCUUCCUGGACGGGAGUCCCUACGCCCACAUGUUUGAGAUGCCAGCUGGCGAGAGCACCUUUGCCAACAACAAGUCCUCAGUGCCCACUGCUGGACACCACCACCACAACAACCCCGGCGGCGGCUACAUGCUCAGCAAGUCGCUCUACCCUGACCGGGUCACGCAAAACCCUUUCAUCCCCACUUUUGGGGACGACCAGUGCUUGCUCCAUGGCAGCAAAUCCUACUUCUUCAGGCAGCCCACGGUGGCGGGGGCGCCGAAAGCCAGGCCAGACUUCCGGGCCCUUGUCACCAACAAGCCGGUGGUCUCAGCCCUUCACGGGGCUGUGCCAGGCCGUUUCCAGAAAGACAUCUGUAUAGGGAACCAGUCCAACCCCUGUGUGCCUAACAACAAAAACCCCAGGGCUUUCAAUGGCUCCAGCAAUGGGCAUGUUUAUGAGAAACUUUCUAGUAUUGAGUCUGAUGUCUGAGUGAGGGAAGAGAGAGGUUUUAAGGUGGGUACGGGAGGGUGGGGCCGUGGGCGUGUGGUGCGCAUGUCACGGAGGGUGACGGGGGUGAACUUGGUUCCCAUUUGCUCCUUUCUUGUUGUUUUCAUUUAUUGACGGAAUCCUGGAGUUCUGAUUCCUUCUAAGAGGGCAACCCUGGUGACCAGCCCCAGCCCUCCCCUGCCUUUCCAGUGCUCUCCUCCCUCUCCAUCUGUCAGUCGUUCCCAUUCCCGGGAGGGAAUCCGGUGGGCUCGCUCAGCACGGGAGGGCAGAGUGGAGAAAGGAGGUGGCUGCGUGCAGGCUUCCUUGGAGCACGGAAGGACUGUUUGCCACCCAACUUGGAGUGCAGCAGGGAGAGAGAUACAAGGAGGCCACGUGAGCGCAGGAUAGCUCUUCCCAAACUGAUCUAGAUGUUUAGGUGAGAAGGCAAAAGCACCCAAAUGAGACCAUUUGCCAUACUGCCCGUGAAUGCAAAGAGGCUUUUGCUAAAUUCUUGUCACUUAGGUGGCAUCCGGGUAGGGAUCAUGUGCCAAGCAGAGGGCAGGAGGCCAUGUGUGUUUAUAUAUAAGCCAAAAGAAUGUUUCAAUUCCACGAGACUCCGUGGUGGUGAACUGGAACCAAGGGUCUUUGGUAGGUGACGGAAAACACGUCAUAGCCAUGUUCCGUGGUGCACUAGAGGCAAGAGAAGAUGGACGACAUGUGCGUGUAUGGCCAUGUACACUUGUACGUGCAUGUAGUCUACACGGGCAUGUGGUCAGGGGCCUAGAAAUGUAGAGAGGGCAACCUGGACUCCUAAAGCUGUUUCUUCCAACAUCUCGAAGCGGUGUGCCUCUUUUGGCUUAUAUACAAACAGAGAUGGUUCGAUGCUACCUGAAGGUUGGCUGUCUCUCCCCUCCACCCUUCCUGAGUGAGGAGAAUGGAAGUUCUUGACAUGGACGAUGAUGCGGUCUAGACAAAAAGGUGACGAACCAUCCUACGAGAGCAAGGUGCAAAAGUCACUCCUCUGCGGUUCAACCAGUUUUGAACGAGAACUUUCCAGGAAGGCUGAAGGGAAUGGGAAGCAGCCACAGCUCUUUUGCCCACACUCGAGAGCAAAAGAUUCUAUAAAAGCUUUCUUGAGCUUUUUAGACGCUGGCCAAGGUUUGGGGAGGAGCUACGUAAAGCUUUGAAGUAUAGGGGAGUUGUUUAUGGUCGGGUAAGUGAGAGAGGGGGAUGUUUUCAAUGCUUUGAUCCCUUCUUACUUCACCUGGAGCUAGGAGAGCUUGCUCCACCAGAACUGAUCACAACUGAUCUGGAACAGACAGUCAAAUGGCAUGAGCUUGCUCUGUGAGUACAGCUCAGGAAACGUGGAGGGAAGGGAAGAGAUUUGGAAGUGGAGAGGGUAGGAGGGGAGGGACUCCCCCACUACCCCACUGGGUCUGGCUCCCUGAGAAUGUGGCAUUGAGCCCAAUGUGAACACUCUCAGUAGAAGCCCUUCCACCUUCCUACAGAACCUUCUUUCCCUCCCAGGUGUACCAUUCAAGAAUAAAAAUAUAUAUGUAAAUAUAUAUAUGUGUGUGUGUGUAUAUAUAUAUAUAUAUAUAUAUAUAUAUAUAUAUAUAUACACAUAUAUAUUUAAAACUCCAGGGAUGAGGGUACUGGCAGAUGCAGUGCCCCCCUUCACUUGGAAACUUGAGAAGGGAAAUGAAUAUUCGUCACUGCCGGUCCUGAAACUUAGGGAGGGGGUGUCCUGUGGGUCCGUUCCACUGUCCUGCCUUCCUCCCCUUACCCAGGCUGGCAGCCAAAGAGCCCCGGGUCUGUUUGGAAGCUUGACUGCAGGAUCUCCAUGUUGCACACAGGACACAUAAACCAGAAAGGUGCUCAUCCUCCUCUGGAAGGAAGCUGCCAUGCCUCUUCAAGUCACACCCUCCAGGGCUGCUCUUUGCCUUCCUGUUUUGCCCUGACUCACCACCCUUCCUCCUUCCCUGCCCUUGACUGCUGUCCCCUGUCCUCCUCCUGGAUUUUUACCUCAGUAUCUUUCAUUUUAAAGCCAACUGAAGGCCUUGUAAAGCUAUGUUUUCUUUCUAAAACGAACCUGGGGGCAAGGGGCUGAACCUCUCACAGAUUUGGAGAGAGGAGCACGGAGUGCUUUACCUUAGAUUCAAGGAGAGACUUUGAGAGAGAGGACAGAGGGCGUGAGGCGUCUCCAGGAGGAAGAAGGAGAAGGGCCAUAUAAACAUCGCUUCACCCUGACUCUGUCUGAGGUCAGGGGAUCCUCCCCUCACUCUUCCUCUUACCUCACCCCUUUCAAAUAAAAAACCAAACCAACUAACCUAGCGAACAGCAAUCUAGAACAAAGGGGGCUCUGUCGGUCUCCACUGGUGAUGGAAAUCAAGAUGGUGUUUAUUUCAUAUGUAAAUAUUUUGUUUUCUAAUUAAUUUUGUAUAGAUAAAGUGUUCUCUUGUGAGUAUUCAGGGUGUCGGGCUGGAGGGAGUGGGGUGGGGAUGGGAAUGAAGAGGGGAAAAGUGUUUUGUUAUGGGUUUUCAUUUUCCAUUGGGGGAAUUGUUUUGUAUGGCUUUUGCUUCAGGGCGUCUGGGGAAAAGUGUAUGUGACUGGAGGCCACUGUGGUGAAAAUGCCAGGGAAAAGUAAUCUGUGCCCACGCCUCCCCACCUCACCAAUCUUCUUGGUCUGUGAGAAGUGUCCGUGCCCAUCAGCCUGGGCUUGGCACUGGGUCCGGCUUGGCCCUAAGCAGAACCCAGGUCCUGCUCCUGUCUCCUAGGUAGACCGCGGAUGACCAGCAUUCCAUGCAGAGUCAAGCUGGUGACACCACAUUUGCCCUGUCGGCACCUAGGGUAGGAAAGAUUCCAAAAAAGGGCUUAAAUCAGAAUUGAGGUCAAAUUGACCCUCAAUCCUGAUGUGGCCGAGAGGUUUCAGGAAGCUCAGUCCUGAGAAAUCUCCCAGAAGCCCCCUUAUGAUGUUUAACAACCAUAUCAAAGCCAAUUCUUUUCUUCCUAGUACCUGAGUGCUGGCAACCUCCCUACACCCUCCCUCACUCCUUAGGUAUCAGCACUGCAAGCACACCCAGAAAAUUCCCACAAAGUCUACUUUUUGAAGCAUGUGAUAUCUGGUGACAGGGAGGCAGCACUGGAUACAUGUCUUACAAAUAUGCAUGCUUUUCUAGAAAAGAUGACCAGAUCUGCUCCAAAAAAAAAAAAAAAAAAAAAAAAAAAAAAAAAAAAAGAUGACCAGAUCUGCCCAUAGAAAGAUUGCAGAAGUUGGUUUUAGAUGUAGAAGGGUGGGUAUGUGAGGGACGGUGCCGAUAGUGACUUUAUUUUGUCCUGUCCUCGUUUCUGCCCUCAGGAAGGUGCUAUUUGCCUUGAGCCAGGGAUUCAUAACCUGACCUUGGGUUAUUAACCAGACAAACAGAGUUUCUUUCACUGGAUUAUUUGUUUUGUGAAGGGUGGCAGCCUCUCUCUAUCUACCAUGGGAUGAAAUGUCCAAAUCCGUUUACGCAAGACGUUACAUCAUAUUUGGUCCUAUCCUCCCAUCAUUGAAAGCUGUCAGCUGGAUCGUUUCAUUUUUCUAAACCUUUUCGUUGGGCCGCUUGGUCACUUCUCUUCAGCUGGAUGCUUGAAUUGGGACCAAAUAAAGUAUUCGUGGCCUGCUCAAGAAAGCUUAAAGAAGGGAAGGCCAAGCAGUGUCGAGUUCUAGAUAUUACUUCAUUCCAAAAUAACAAGCCAGUAAAAUUGCAUGAGGAUGAAUUCAGCAGUAAGCCCCAUCCAUUCCACACUGGGCCUGGACAAAGACCCAAUCUGCCCAAAACUGAGAUUCCACAGACACCCUCGAGAGCACCAAUUGUUCCAAUUUUCCUCAGAAUCCAUGCUUUCUAUCUUUGGUGUCCUCUGUCAUUCCCUUCCACCGGAAAGUGGGUUGGUGGCUCUGAUCCUGUAUCCUCUCAGUGGCAAUGCUUAAAUGUUAGCAUUGCCACCAACCUCAGUUAACGUGCCCCUUGAAUUUGCCCGAGUCAAGAAUGCGCACACCCUUCAGAGUGAUGCAUGUGCAGUGGAUCUCGUAAUUUCAAAGUAUGUCACUGUGUAUCCUCAGCCAGAACGUGGGAGACCUCCUUGAUGUGGAUUCCCCCGUCCUGGCCACAGCCAUGUUGUGAUUGGGGGAAAAAGAAUCCCAAGUGAUUCCAUUAAGUGUUGGUGGUGUCAGUAGUGCCCAAACGCAUGUGUAAUGUGAUAAAAUAGGAGUCUUCUAUACAAUUAGGUGAAUAUCACCCGCCCAGUCUUCCGUGGCCAUCGGGAGUUGCCCAAGGGGGGAAUUCUCCGCAUGGGAGGUGAAGAAACUAUUACCAAAACUGCAGCGUGCUGGUCACCUGCACAUCUCACUUAAGAGCUAGGGUUUCUUUGUUUCUGUUUUUUUUGUUUGUUUGUUUGUUUGUUUGUUUGGUGUUUAGUUAGUUCCAGAUUUAGGGACAGAAUAACCAGAUGGUUUGGGCAACGGCCUUUGGAAAAAGCUAUUCCAGAACUCACUGUAUUCUUUUAAUCCCCUUCUCUUUAAGAAAGCCCUGUCGUUGCUUGACACCCUGUGUGUGUCUGUCUGGUGUGUUAGGAGUGAUUCCCGUGUGUGCAUACAUGAUGCAGCUGCAUCAUUGGUGAAUGCAUUGGGCAUUUCCAGCCAUUGUGGCCAUAACUUCUGUGCUUUCUGAGCCCAAAGCCAUAUAAGAAAUGUGUGCUCAGUAGACCGCCAGACACUUCGGUAGAGCGUUUGCUUUCUUCACCUGAGUGUCAGGGACUCUCCGUUCUGUCUAAGGAACUGAUUGUGGAUGAUGAACAGCUAAAAGUGGACAGUUCUAAUGGAAUGGGCCUGGCCUUACAAAUGGUAUAUGAUCCAUGGUGUGGCUUCAGAGGUCCUGAGAGGACCUUUCCUUUUCAUUGCCCACCCCACUUUCAACUACUGGCUUCCUACACAGACGUACUCUUCUAGCCCUGAGCUGCUCGUCUGUCAUUUAAAUGAAAACAGUCCCAGGAAGGGUGACAUAUUAAGCCAUAUUAGGGAUUUAUACAUUUAAACACCUAGUUUACAUUAGGAGUCUCAUCUCUUUUCCUGGGACGAUAAUACAGGAGAAGAUAGUAAGAUACAAGAGAAGGGGGAGAGAGCAAAGAACACAGAGAGUAACAGAGAAGGGAGUCAAAACACAGGUUCCAGAAUAUAAAGACAUUUAAACCAUCUCAUCUUCCACCUGCUUUUAUUUAAGGCUCAUGUGUUGUGAGAACAGGACUCCGAGCUAGGAAUUAUUUUUAAUAAGUGGUCACAUGAGUGUGUAGUUUGUGAAUCUUAAAUUCAUUAUCUUGUUGGGCAGAUGAACAACUGUGAGUCUUCCUGUAGAAAAUGGAAGGCUGGCGCUUCUCCUCCUGUAUAGGUGACUGAGUAGGCAGCUAGAACGAUCAAAUCGAAUCAGUGGUAAGAUGACAAAAGUACUGCACUUAUCUGUCCUCUGUCCCGGUUCAAUUACUCUUCCAAUGUAGCACUUGUUCUAUGUUCUGUGUGUCCUCACUGCCAUAGGGGGUGCCCAGUGAUAUCUACGCACACUAACUGUUAAGGAGCCACCAUACUACCAAGUGCUACUUAACCAGUGGGCAGUUCUUUCCUAGACGUAUCAGAUAUUUGGGACAUCACUAAGAUGUAGAUUCAUCAGUCUGAACAUGUCUAAUGCCAGUCGAGACCUAGGAUUGCAUGCUAGUUUGGGGUUCCAAUAGAGUAUAUAACAUCACAGGAUAUCUGAAUGCAUCCCACCUCUAUCCCAUGUCAACCGCAUUGACUCAACCACACCAGAGCCCUGUGGAUUCUAUCACUUAAAGUAUCUACACCUAUCUAUUCUCAUGACAAAAAACUAUCCCCUGCAAAAAAAAAAAAAAAAAAAAAAUGGAAGCCAAUGCUAUUUCCAUGCCUUGGAGACAUUAGUGAAGUCUGAAGACUCUAAUUUGCAAUAUUGAAGCAAGGAAAAAGAAUUUUGUCCAAAGAAUGAUGGGUUAGGACAGCAGUACUGGGAAUAAGUGGGAAAAGUUAGAAACCAUCCCUAUUUCUCUGCCAGGAUGUCCAUUUGCAUCCAUCUCACAGCUCAUCGCAGGGAGUUUCUGGCACUGUUCUGUGCUUUAAAACAUAAUUGCUGGUGUGAUUACAGGGGUGAGGACUCCUGAUGAGAACUGAAGGUGGCAAGCAGAGUGGAUGAGUAGAAUGCCCCAUAGCCUUGGGACUCUGGUGUGUAGAAUCCGUGUUCUGGCAAUGGAAACAAAUGGAAACUCAGCGCAGGGAUUAAGGGUAAAAGCGCAACGCGAAGCCCAAUUUAAAACGGUUAUUUUCAAGAUUUGGUUUGGUUUCCACACUUCAAACCUGAACUCUCUUUAUUUUUAAUUAUUUUAAUAGCGUUAUGAUGUAGGGGGUGACGCAGAUUCCAGUACUAUGCAGGAGACAAAAAUAAAAGCUCUAAUUAAAUAUGUUAAUUUCAAUUAAACCAGUAUCUAUUGAGCAGUACAAACGAUGCCCCUGGGCUGGUACUGUGACGAAUAUAAAAGAUUUCCCAAUGGAAUAUAUUAUACUCGCAUAUAAUAUAUGAAUGCAAAAGUAUCAAAUAUUUAAAUGUAUGUAUUAUGUUUGUAUAAAUAGAUAUGCAUAAAUCAGUAUAUUUAUACAUGCAAGUUUUAAUUUUUUCUGGUGUCAGGGUGUGAGUCAAAGAUAUUCUCCAUUAUGUGAUUUAAAAAAAAAAAAAAAAACACCACAGAGAUUCAGUUUUUCCUCUCACAGCCAGGCCUGGAUCUUUUUUUUUUUCUUUCUUUCUUUCUUUUUUUUUUUUUUGAAUCAUUCCACCUCCUGGUCUGAAGCUCUGAAUUCUCUCUCUGACCACAACCUUGCAGUUUCUGUAUCUUACCUACUUCCCUUCACGCUCCCCGUGCUGUUCUGCUCCAUCAACUGCUCUGGCUGAAGUUCCUCACCUCUUUGGUAUCGCCCCAUGCUCUCCGCAGCACUGGCUUCUGCCUCUUGCCUUGUCACACCCGGUUGCUUUUCCAACUCUGCAUCCCCCCCCCCACCCCCGUCAUCCAUUCCCCCUGUGAGAACGGAGGGUCUUCCACCUGUGCCGAGGGCACAGAUGCCGUCCGUUUCGUGCCCCCUGAACCCUACCCCGCUUGGACAUCUUUUUUUAUUUCUCCAGUGUUGACUCCAUGUCCCAUCUGCCAAGUGGUUGUGACACUUGGUUUCCAUUUUUCCUUUCAUCCUUAACUCCUGUCUCCCAACACGCGGUCUUUCCUACUGCAUUGCUGAGAAAAGACACCUGAUUUCUUGAGUCCUCACAUGACCAGUCCUCUCCAUUUCUAAAUCUCUGCUGUCUUUCAUUCGUCUUUUCCAUCCUCCCUCUCAGCCCAGUGCUCCUCACCCCGGUGCUCCGAUGCCUACCCUCUGACCCGUCCUGAGGUCCGCUCCAGCCAGCAGUACCUCCCUUAUGGGCUUUUCAUCUCUUCCACAUGUGCCUACCACUAUCUCUAACAGUCUCCCCGUCCUACCACCAUCUCUAAAAGCAAAUCUCUCCAUCUGUUUAAACUCUUGGAUUCCUGUCCUCUGUUUUAUCUUUUCACUUUCCAAACAUCCCAAAAAUGUAGCCCGUCUUUCUUCACUUCCUCACCUAAUAAUGCUCAUGGCUUAAACUUUAAAAGUGGGCUACACUCUGCCACUCUACCGAAACUGCUCUGGCAACAUUCCAGUGAACUUCUUGUUACAGAAUCCAAUGACCCUGUCCCCCCACUGCUAACCUAAAUUUACCAUUGGGAGGCAGCAUGUUCUGGCUUUAAUCCUAGCCCUCUGGUCCUCUCUCUGUGUUCUCUUGCUGGUUCCUGCUCUUCCUCCUAUGCCCUCAGCGUUGACUUGCCAUGGUGUUCUGAGCUUGACCCUCUCGCCCUCUUUAUCGCCAUGCAUCUGUAGCAAUGUUUCUUUCUUUCACCACUUUGACGACUCUCCGGGGAUGAAUUCCAAAUCUUCUCACCUACACUUUCCUUUUCAUCUCCUCUUAAUGCAGAUAUUUCCGUUCACCUCCUGGAUGGUUUCUUGUUGAGUCAAAUAUCCAAGGCAAUCCCUGCAAACGAACUUAAUCACCAGAUUCCCCCUUCUGGUUAAUGGUUCCACUGUUCCUUCUGUCAACAAACUAAAGCUUUCCAUACACUUUGCCUCUUCCGUUUCCCUCAUCUUACACAGCUAAUCAUCUGGAAAGCCUGUAAAUUCUUGCCCCCAAGGAUUUCCCAAUCUCCCCAUUUCAUUCAGGUCCUUCCAUCUAGUUGGGAUGGUUUCAAUAUCUUUUAGCAUUUUCUAAGUUUUUAUAUUUGAAUCUCUUCUCAGUAUUCACUUCCUAUUAAAUCAUGCCAUUCUCCAAGUGAAAAAAAAAAUUCCAAUGGGCUGUACUUCCCACGAUCCAGCAGGGAGAAUAACUUCUUGUAAUUUGCCAGUGUGUGUGCCUAUGCAGCAGAUAAGCUGAAUCACACAUUUUUGUCUUACCUUUCCGAUACUGACUUUUUCCCCCAUGUGUUUUUUCUUGAACUGCUUCCUUUGCCCCAAAUUCUCUCCUCCCUCUCUCCCAUCUCACUCCCUUCUUGCAUAAUAUCCAUCUCUCUAUAUACAGAUCUUCAAAGAACAGAACAAAUGUACCACAUGUCUACCUUCCUUCAUCCAGAAAAACUUACAAAUAUGCCUUUUGUGAAUGUCCAUAGCACUUUAAUUGUAUCUCUCUAGUGAUAUCUGUUGCAGACCAUCUUAUUUUAUGGUUACUUAAUUAUACAUCUCAUCUCUCCUGCUAGAUUACAAACUCCCUGUGGUGGUCAGGGGGCAUGCAUUUAUUCAUCUUUUUAUCUCCUGUAGUACCUACCAGUGUAUCUUCCAAAUGGAAAGUACUUGUAAAUAUUUGGUAUUAUAAAUUAUAAUUGAAAAGAAGUCACUUUAUUUUGCCCACAGGAUACUUGAAUCUGCAGUAAAACCUAAGGAUCAGUCCCUCCACAUUUCUGUAUUUCUGCGCCUACCUACAAUUACAGCAAUAUGCUGAAUAUAUACAUGUUCAUGUUAACUAUUAUUUCAAAUGGGAAUUUGGAUUUUUUGAGGCUCUGCCUUGCUCUGUGAAGUUACUCUGUGGCUGUUUUAUGGUUAGUAGUACUUGGAAUACUACAUGCAUACCAACGAAAUAAGUGGCAGAGGGAGAGAUUAUGGAGGAUAUUGAUCACCUGUUAGGUAUCAGGAGCUUUCAGAUGCUUUGAGUGGGGCUUGUCUCCAGACACUUCACUCCUGGACUGAGUCUCUAACAACCUGACCUAUGCUGGCCUUGAUGUGGUUUUCAUGCAAUCUGUAGCCAUUUUUUUUUUUGAAACUUGCGUACCAGAAGGAUCUUGUCACAAUUCAGGCUCAGUAAUCACACGGUUUUAUGGACCCUAAGUGUGGUCCAGUAGGACCCUAAGUAGGUCCAGUAGGACUUAGGGAAACUGUGCUGCUCAUGACCUGUCUUGGUGAUCUCUCUUUCCUGCACUCUUUGUCUUCUUACCAUAUCUGAGGCUUUGUCUAUAGGACUACUUCCCUCAAAGGGAAGUUGAGUGUUGAAAUAAUUGAGCACUUUGUUUCUGAUCUGUGUACUGCAAGUGAAAGCAGGCUAGAAUUUGAAUGAGCUGACUUAGAAUUCUAACGCAAUCCUUUCUCUCUAAAUGUGAAGGGAUUCAUUGCAUUAGAGGAAGACAACAUCACCUCUAACCAUAUGACUCUCUUGUUCCUUUAUUCCCAGAGCCCUAUUCACGUCCCCCCUGCCUCUGUGGUAUGCCACUAAACAGUCUGUCUUAUUCCUUGUAGUCUGUGCGAGCCUGUGUUUGUUCCCCAAAAGAACCUCUUGGAGCUGGUACUGUCCUUUCUUUCACUUAUAAUGUUUCCUUCCCCUGGCCAACUUCGUCUGUAAAUCUCAUUAUGUCAUUGGUCAGGAAUUAAUCUCCUUUGGGAGGCAUCUUCUGCCAUUGUGUGCUAAUUUAAAGCAUACUAUAGAGAACUGGACUCAAAUAAGUUACAGGCUCUGACAAGUCUCUUCUUCAAAAAAGUGAACAAAGUCCAUUCUUCAUUGAGACAGGAGGGAGGUAGAGGCAUUGUGGUUGGCAAGAUGGGGCAAAGCGUGGCAACUUGGGAGGCACCCUGAUGAAAAUUAAAAUGUAAGUCUCGAGGGAGAAUUUUUCUUCUUGAAAGUCCUGUUAGGUCUAGAUAGUCCUGCUCCUGGAAAUGGGGUAGUUAACAUUUUAGAGCAAAAUCCCCCUCUGUGCGUGUGUGUGUGUGUGUGUGUGUAUUUCAUUUCUCAUCUAAAAAAUUUACACACACACACACACACACACACACACACACCCCAGUGAAACAAAUUGUCUGGUAAUAGGUAGAACGGUAGGAAGACGCCAUCCUCAUAAUGGACAUUCAUAAAUUGUUGUUAGACCAAUGGAAUGAAAACAAAUCCAGGACAUCAUAAUAUAUCCAGGAGGCAAUUUUACCCAAGAGGUUCAUGUCAAUUUUUUUCCCUGUAAAUAUCUGAGACAUUAAGGAAGGGUAGGAGGAAGGAAAAGGAUAGGAAGUCUACAGUGGAGUUUCCCUUCAUGUCACAAAGCCAGGAGCCUGCACCCAAGUCUCUUGGGUCUCCCUUGAUUACUGGUUUUUGAUGCUAGCUUCAGAAAAGGGCAAGACCGAAAGCUGAUGACCUUCCAGAUGUCUGUUCCUUUAGUCCCCGGGAGUGAAAGCUGACGCAAACUUGGAGCUUAUUUCCAGGGUAUUGGACUGAGGGCAGAGUUACACCUGCCGUUCCCCAUUUUCACUUGUAACCCGAGAUGCAGCAGAAAAGGAAACAAAUUUUUAAGAAAAAUUUUUAAAGCCCCUUCUGGGGACCACCUUCAUGCUCAUGUGUGGACUGGAAGUUGUUUGCUCCAAUGUCAAAAAUACCAGGAAAGGGAACAGCUGCCCAGGGCACUGCCAGGAAAGCAAGAACCACAUCAUACCUGCCUUCAGCUGUAACUGUGCCCACCAGUGGUGAGUGCGGAACCUGGAUCCAACCACAUCCAUGAGAUCCUGAAUGUCCGCAGGCAGUCAGGCCGCAUGUCAGGCCUGAGCCAGUGCUUAGGCGUGUCCCUCAGACGACAGCACCCAGAGAGGCCCUGAUCCUCACCUGAGUAGAGAGGAAGCGACCCCGUCACACCACCCUUCCCCACAGAAUCUAAGCCACCAGGCUGUGAUUCUGUCUGUCCUCGUAUUAAGAGACUCUCAGUCUCUGAGAUCUGACAGGAGUUGAGCUUCAGGGAAUGUGGCCACAGGAAUGUGAAAUGUGUUGAGCUGCCUUUUCUCUUAGAUAAGGUUGUUAUCUAUUUCCAAAGGGGACGUUUCAAAAAAUAAAUAAGGCAUGCCUACCUGAAACCUCAGUCGUAUUCAGAAUAGUCUGUGUAGUUAACUCCCAAUGUCACGGUCACAUUGUAAUUUAUCAUUUUCUUUUGAAUUCAAGGGCUAUUUUAAUAUUCCCUUUGGCUGCAACAAGAACCAUGUGUAAACCACGGUCUGGGCCAUAGUGCUGCCUCUGUCUGAGCUGUGCCCUCAGUAACUUCUGCAUUGCUUCCACAUGGUGACCUGGACAGCACAACUGGACCUGAUCUGAUCUCUUUGCCAUGAGCUCCCUCAGUGCGUGUGCACCUCCCCAGUUCACACACACUGCUUGUGUGCGCACACUUCUAACAGAUUCCAAAUUGCCAAUUUCAAUUGCCUUGUGGAGGAACAGGGAUACAUCCUUGGGAGAUAAAAGCGCUCAUUUAGAACUGGAUGGACAUAUUCUGCUUUAUCAAGCUAGUGUUUUCUCUCUUGUUCUACCUAGCCUGUGGAUCCACUGACAGCUCAAGGUUUGACAGAAUAUCCAGACUUUAUGUGAAAGGAGCAUUCUGUUUGUGAUGGAAUAACCUAGUUGUCCUGUUGUUUGUCCCUGUUUUACCCUGUGGAAUUCGUGUGGAACUCAUGUCCUAUUGAUGGAUCGGUGCUAGGAAGAUGGAGAAGCAGAAGCCAGUCUCCCCAAGGACAGAUAGUCCUGUUACUUAGAUACAUACUUACCCAUAUGUGCCCACAUCUCUUCUUGACGACACUAUGAGCAGGGUAGAGAGGUCUAUCCUCACUGGGGACAGGAAUAGCAAUAUGUGCCUUGGGAGAUUCACAAAUUUUUCUUCUUCCAGGGUCAGGAGCAGGGAAAAUAUCAAGACUUCAUGUCUGUAGGAAGAAAGGAGACUAGAGAAGCAUCCAGAUAGAAUUCUUACUGAGAAAAACAUGAAAUAUUGACAAUACCCUUUCUUUGAUGCAAAUGUCAUUGGAAGACAACCAGGACUCAUACAGCUUUGUCUCCCUCAUCCACUUACUAUCUCUGACAUUCUCUUACUGUUCUUUCUCAGUCUAGAGAUCCGGAAGUAUUCUAUGUCCUGAAUGAUGCACACAUAACACUCAGAGGGCACAGAGCUUGAACAUGUGCAUAGUGUUUAAUGCUUCCAAGCCAGAGUCCAAAAAGCCUAGCUCCGUCAGCCCCACUGUCCUUUAAUGACUGAGGACAGAGUCUGCUUGUGCAUCCUGGGUACUUUGGAUCCCAGAAGAGAGAACAACUUUGUUACUACAUUGCUCCACUGAUCAGGGCAAUUACCUUGGUUAUUUCUUGGUAACAGGCACAAGAAAUGGAGCAGCAGAAAUUUGAAGAGUCUUUGCUUGAUCAUUCUGAAUUAUGUAAAAAUGACCUGAGCUAUGGCAGUUUCUAGCCUGCUACCCGCUUCUUGGGGGAUAGAGUUUCUAGGGUCACCAGCAACCCACUUAGUUGGCCACCAUAUUUAGCCUAUGGUACAUUCUGAGUAAAUCAAAUUUCCUUGGUUUGUGAAUGUGGGAUAAUUUACCAUAACCCCUUCUUCCACAUAGCCUCCUUUGGCACGAAAAUAUGAUCACCUUUUAAUUUUACAGAUGAAAAGUUUGAAGCACAGCAACAUUUUAUGAUUAGUCAAAACUAAGGUUAUUUAGGAAAUUCUUUGGCAGAACCAAAGGUUGUCUGAAAUUCCAACCCUCAUCCUAACUCACUGGGUAAUGCUACCUGAAUUGUCCACCCUCACCCUUUGUUAAGCACCUAACAGUGGAGAAAAAUCAUUAAAUCCAGGCAGCUGAUUUAUCCAGAUCUUUCCCAUGGAAAUUUGUCUUCUUUGUAGACCCGUACACACACACACAGUCCAGAGUCCACAUGAGUCUACAGAGACAAGUCAAAGAGGUAAGAACAGGGCAAGAACUUUGAAAAUGAGAGAGAGGUAGAAAAGUUUCUGUAACGAGGAAAAGUUGAAGGCCAAACGAGACAAAUGUCUUUGAAUUUUGUAGAGUAAGGCAAUGUGAAUAAUUUUAUUAUUAUUAAACAUGUUUUAUGUGGCAUGUAACCCACAUAAAUAAAAAGCUUAAGGAAAACUGAGGCAGAGGAUUUCUUGCAAAGUGUUAACAUGGGGAAGAAAGUUUUCAGGAAUGUGUGUGUGAGGAAAUCAACAUACUCUAAAGAUAUCAGCAG